GAUCCAGAAAAUGUGUCAACUGCUAACAGUUCUGCUGAUGUUUACUCACUUUGCUGUGUCUAUAAACGAUGGCUUUUAAUGACCUACAUAUCGUGACGGUUAAAAAGAAUAUAGAUGAAGUAAAGCGCUUUCUAUCCAUAUCUUUAAGUAUCUCAAACGCACACACUGUGGACUUUUACACGCGGGAUGUUUGGAGCACGUUCAUCAGUGUCAGUCCAGAGGAUGUGUUGUGUGCUAUCAGUUCCACGCAGGACAGCACGGGGGCGCUAGAAGAGAAGGAAAACACCACGUUUGGUUUCUGCAAUGCUUCAAAAAAACUGCUGGACAUAUCAGCCCUUCUGAGGGCAGCAAAAGCUCACUGUUUACCAGGUCUGGGUGUUUGUAUGCAGCUGGAGGAGCUCAUGCACAAUCUGAGACUGAUGUGUGGAGACACAGCAGCAGGACAGUCAUCAAAUAAAGUUCUUGCGCCAGAUGAGUUCAUGAACUGGAAAAAGGCUCAUGAGGUGCAGGCGAUGUCUGAAGUUGUGGCAAGUUUAGCUAAAUGCUGCCGAGUCAAACAGGUCAUAGAUGUGGGUUCAGGAAAAGGCUACCUAUGCUCUUAUCUAUCAAUGCGGUAUAAUCUACAAGUAUUUGGGAUUGAUUCCUCCAGCACCAACACACAUGGAGCUCAUGAGAGGAAUAGGAAACUGAAGAAGUUCUCCAAAUCCUAUCAGCAGCACAGAUUCAUUGAGAAUCACUGUGUGCAGAGCAAUGAUGAGAGCAAAGAACACUACAAUGAAAGUGAUGGCAGCAAAAACUGUAUUACAAAAGAAGGGGUUGAAGCACAAACUGAGAGCAGUGCUUUAUCACAACAAGUCAGUAGUGAUUUAUUAGCAUCAAAUAAUGCUGCAGAAUGUCCAUUAGACAACAGUGAUGCAGAUGCGGGAAGCAGUUUUCUCAGUUUGCUGGCCCUGGACGUCAUUGAAGACGUCUUUCCUCGAGUUCACCCCAGCCAGCUGAGUGUGGAGGAGAGGGAGAAGAGGAAGAGGGAGAAUCUGGAGAGGAAAGCCAGAGAAGGGAAGAGGAAAGACAGCAACAGCAGCCUGUUUUCACCUCUGACCUCGUAUGUGACUGCAGAAACUGAACUCAAGACACUGAUCACAGAGCUGGAGGAUGCAGUUCUGGUUGGCCUGCACACGUGUGGAGAUUUGGCCUCCAGCUCCCUGCGGAUGUUCAGGGCCAAGCAGGAGCUGCGGGCAGUGUGUAGUGUGGGCUGCUGCUACCACCUGCUGUCUGAAGAGUUUGAUCAGGACAGAGCGGGGUGUACCCGUGAUGAUAUGUGUGGUUUCCCUAUGAGUCAGUAUCUGAAAGAUCAGGCCUGUUUCUGUGGUCGAAAUGCCAGGAUGUCGGCCUGCCUUGCUCUGGAAAGAGUGUCUGCCGGAGGAGGGCUGCCGAUGGAGUCACUGUUUUAUCGGGCGGUUCUUCAUGUUAUUUUACAGGAUCACUAUGAUUGCUUUAAAAGUGAGAAGCGUGUUGGGAAUGUCUACUCCAAAGCCACGUCGUUUGUAGACUACGUCAGACGAGCACUUAGGAAGCUGGAUCUGGAUGAGUCCAAACUAUCUGAUGGUGACAUUCAAAGCUACCACGACCGCUACACUCCAAGGAUGAAUGAAAUGGUGGCUUUUAACAUGCUGAAAGUAACUCUGGCUCCCUGUAUAGAGGGUCUCAUCCUCCUGGAUAGACUUUGCUACUUGAAAGAGCAGGAGAAUGUAUCUCAUGCUGCACUGGUUCAACUCUUUGACCCUCUUCAGUCUCCAAGAUGUUAUGCAGUUGUUGGUAUAAAGAAAUCUACAGAUUGAGGAUCGAAGUUGGUAGCAUUGCAGUUUAGUGUAAAAUAUUGACUUAGUUUUAAAGUAUUAUUAGAACUUUCUUAUAUUUAUUUUGUAUUAUUAAUAAUUGUUUCAAAGUCUAAAUAAUUUUUCUGUCUAUUUUUCCAACCAUAACAAUAAAAAUGCUCUUUUAUUCAUAAUAAUAUUUCACAAAAAAAGCUAAUCAGGCUAGUUCACAGUAAAUUAAAAGCAGUUUUUCAGUCCAGCUGCACUCUGUUUUAGCCUCCGGAUCGGUUCAAGUUAUGAUGCAUAACAGUCGGGUCUGCAGCUUAAAGCGGAAAGAUGUAGUGAUCAAUGAGAUGCAGAACGUUGCUUUUAGUGCUCAUUAGACUGACUGCUUCAUAAAUCAGCCGUAGCCUAGCUGAGCUCUAUAAGGACAUCAGUCACACUUGAGACGUCUUGUGCUUCCACUUAUUUAACACACCUUUAAUAUUAAUCGGACAUUAAGCUCUUCAUUAUUUUCAGUAGUUCCCCACAGCCCAUUAUUCUCCCGUCUCACUUUUUUUAGUUAAUAUUCAUAAACGAAACACCUCGAGGUAGCUGUUAUCUUAACUUGAUUGAUUUGUCCAUGCCAUUGCUUUAUUGUGACUCUUUUAAACUUCUUUAAGAAGCACUUAAAGCAGAAAAGAAAAACCUGUGUUUAUACCACUGCUACUAUUAAUGUGUUUGCUCAAUCUUUAAGGGUUAUGAAAAUGAAAUGUACUUAACAUUUACUCAAACUCAAGGGGGUACAACCCUUUUAUGAGUUUCUUUCCUUUUCUGUUGAACACAAAGGAAGAUAUUUUGAAGAAAGCUAAUAAUUUCUAACCAUUGAUUUUCAUAGUUGAACAAAAUGGAAGUCAACAAAAACAGCGGUUAGACAUUUUUACAGCAAAUUCUCAAAAUUAAAUUCCCUAAUCAGGGAAAGAAAACUAAAGCAACACCUUUUACAUGAUCUUCCAUUAAAACAGAACCUAAUAAAAAAGUAACCAGAGAAAAAAAUAGUGUUUAGCCCUGUGUAAGUCUAAAAUUUCAUUCAUAAUGGCCUUAAAGGGUCUUACAUUUGACUUGAAGAAGCCUGCAGAAACCCUGUAAAUACUUUAAAACAGGUCUUAAUUUUCCUUUGUCUAUGUAAAGCUACCCACUCGGUACAACCAGCAAUCCAUCUAAAAAAAAGUCAAAUGGAUUAACUCAAAUAACCAUAUUGGUAAAUAAUCUUCC